AUGGACGUUGAGGAAUCGAUUGACACGAGAGCUCUUGAAGAUUAUAGAGAAGCUCUGGAUAGCGACGCUACGAUGCGUUCCCGAGACGUAUGCUCGCUGAACCAGCAUGAGCUUGGUCUUUUAAACAGAAAGUCGCUUAGGAUGGGUACGGGAACCUCGCAAGGCCAAAAGAGACCGACUCGGAAAUUCGACCUUACAUUGAAACCGUUGCCGUAUGAAGAAGUGGCCAAUCGGAUGAUGGGUUCUCACGUCGUUUCAGAAAAGCAGCGCUCAAAGAUGAAGAGGCACGGAACAGGAAGGGUGAAAAAGCGAAGACCAUUUGGUUUAAGAACACCCAAUUUUGCCGACGAUGAGGAAUUUGAAGAAGAGGAUGAGGAGAUUCACGCUGUUUUUGCAAAGAAGGAUCAGCCGUCCAGGUUGGGGGAAGAUCAAAUGCGUCUUGAGGACAUGUUGCAGAAAAAAGUCGACGUCCGGGCAGGAUCGAUGGUUUGGAAUUCAUUGGUUUUAAACCCAAGUGGACAUACGGGAAAUUCUUGUAAACUUGCGGAAGCCACCGAGCUCGAUUCAGAGGCGCCUGGAAGUGCACCUGGAAGUGUUACUGAUUUGAACGGUUCUGGAGUCAAGAACCUGCAUACCGCUUUUGAAGAGAACGGGAUUGGACGUGUGGAAGUCAGCGAGUCACCAGUUACAGACGCUACACAAGAGGUCGUGCGUGAUGAAGCUGAAGGUCAGGCUAAUGCGGAGGAGGAAGAUCAUGGUGCUGAAGUUGAUGAGCCGAUGACUGGCUCACUUCAGCCUACGGAAGUUGACUCUGGAACCAGUGAAACGAUGGAAGGCAUGAUGGCCGAUGUCUCCGGAGCUGAACAGGAUGCUGAUCCAGGCGAUGAGGAUGACGCGUGCAACGUUGUGGAGAUCAUGUGUUCAGAACAGACCAGUAAGAAGCCAGGCGCUUCCCCUCUUCCUGCUGUUGUGGAAGAUGAACCCACGGAUUCGGUAUCCUACACGGUCCCAACCACUCCAGUUGCCCAGCAAGCACCGACUGUUGCACGUAAAUCCGCACUUAAGUCUGGGCGCAAAUCGGCCGGCAAGUCUGUGAGGAUUGCUGGUGCGUCUGGUUCACCGGAAGCGUUUGCUGUGCUGCCGUUAACCCCAGAGGCUGGUACCUAUCUGAAGAGGACGAAGUCGUCAAAGGUUCAGAAGGAGAAGUCAAGGAAUUUGCGCAAUCGCAGAAGCAGCUUGGCAGGUGGUGGACUGGUUUGGGAUGGCAACAUAAAAAAGAGCACGCGAUCGCGCAUGAAGCCUUUGGAGUGGUGGCGCAUGGAGGGGGUUAGCUAUGGCCGACCUCACCAGAGUUUGCCAACUCCAGUGGAAGUGCAAGUUUGUUCACCGGAACCUUACUGGCCUGCAGUGCCACCAGGAGGUUUGAAGAAGAGGGUUGGACUUCGUAAGAUGGUGAUACCAAGUCUCUGUGACUCAACUGAUGCAAACAUUCUGGCCAUUGAGUGA